AUAUCAAUCUCAAAAAUGGCUGAUUCAUCAGCAUUUCACCUGCUUUUCCUGCUGUUCUGCUUCUUGCUUGUUGCCACUGGUGAUGCAGGGUACAGGCACCCCCGGCAGCCUCUAGACGCGAGGCUCAGAGAUUUGAUGAGUCGAAUGACACUCGAGGAGAAGAUAGGCCAGAUGACACAGAUUGCAAAAGAAGUAGCAUCACCUCAGAUCAUCAAGAAGCACCACAUUGGCAGCAUUUUGAUCAGCCCGGGAGGUGAGCCGGCCGUCCAUGCCUCUGCUGAGGCAUGGAUGGACAUGGCUGACAGUUUUCAAGAAGGCGCUCUCUCUACUCGCCUCGGGAUCCCUCUUAUCAUAGGCGUGGACGCGCUUCAUGGCCACAACAACGCGUACAACGCCACCAUUUUCCCUCACAAUGUUGGCCUUGGAGCUACUAGAGAUCCGCAGCUCGUGCAGAGGAUCGGAGCUGCAACUGCCCUUGAAGUCAGGGCUACCGGGAUACAAUACACUUUCGCCCCUUGCAUCGCGGUUUGUCGUGACCCGAGAUGGGGCCGUUGCUACGAGAGCUACAGCGAAGAUCCUAAAAUCGUGCGGGAAAUGACAGAGAUUGUACCUGGCUUGCAAGGCUACUUGCCAGCUGAGUACCAGAGAAACUUCCCAUAUGUGAAUGGAAGUGAAAAAAUCGCGUCUUGCGCUAAGCACUUUGUGGGAGAUGGAGGGACGAUUGAUGGGAUCGAUGAGUACAACACGGUUAUAGACUGGGAUGGCCUAAAGAGCAUCCACAUGCCUGCGUAUGUCGACUCAAUCAGAAAGGGCGUUGCCACGAUCAUGAUCUCGUAUUCUAGCUGGAACGGGAAGAAGAUGCAUACUAACUAUGAUCUCAUCACUGGAUACCUCAAGAAUGAGUUGAAGUUCAAGGGAUUUGUGAUCUCAGAUUCGGAGGGGCUUGAUCGUAUCACAACCCCUCCUCGUGCCAACUACACUUACUCGGUCGAAGCUGCUAUCAAUGCAGGAAUAGACAUGGUGAUGGUGCCUUACACGUACCUCGAGUUCAUCAACGAGCUGACUUCUCUGGUGUCGAAAGGGGUGGUCUCAAUGAGCAGGAUUGAUGAUGCUGUUGAGAGGAUACUGAGGGUCAAGUUCAUCAUGGGACUAUUUGAGCAGCCGUUGUCUGAUCGUACGAUGGUGAAGCAUCUGGGAAGCCAGGAGCACAGACGGAUAGCUCGGGAAGCUGUGAGGAAAUCACUAGUGCUGUUGAAGAAUGGUAAGGAUGUGAGUAAGCCUCUGCUUCCUCUGCCAAAGAAUGCGCGGAGGCUGCUCGUUGCAGGCAGCCACGCCGACGACAUUGGUAGGCAGUGUGGAGGGUGGACUAUGGAUUGGCAAGGACAAUCUGGUAAUAUCACAAAAGGUACAAGUAUUUUAUCUGGUGUGAGGGAUGCUGUUGAUCAAGAAACUGAGGUUGUGUACAUUGAGAAUCCGGAGAAGGCGGUUGUUGCCUCGUCUAACUUCUCCUUUGCGGUCGUGGUGGUGGGGGAGGAGCCUUACUCGGAGUACGAAGGCGAUAGCAAGGAUUUGAGGCUGAGUGAGGUGUGCUACAGCACGAUUUCUAACGUGUGUGGCGUUGUAGAGUGUGUUGUGGUAGUCGUCUCUGGCCGGCCUGUUGUGAUGGAGCCUUUCGUCGAUGAGAUGGAUGCGUUGGUGGCUGCUUGGCUACCCGGGAGUGAGGGUGGGGGUGUGGCUGAUGUUCUGUUUGGUGACUAUGGUUUAAGUGGUAAGUUGCCGCGGACAUGGUUCAGGCGGGUCGAGCAGCUUCCAAUGAACAAGGGCGACGCACAUUAUGAUCCGUUGUUUGGGUUCGGAUUCGGGCUCACAACCAUGGCUAGUGAUGGAGUUGGAGUGGCGGCAGAGUAGAUGUUUCUUGAGGAUGUAGAUGUUGUGUUGUGUGGGCUUAGAGUUCUCACUUGAGUGAGGUGGUUUUGUGUUUUAUGUGUGAAUGUUGCAUUUUACCAUACAUAUAAAAGAGAUCGACCAUUCUACACUUA